AGGUGUCACAAUGUCACAGGACUUCUACUCCAGUGGUUACAAUGUAGGAAGUGAGCAGGAUCAGUGGGCCCAACAAGGCUGGACUCCGGACCAGGCCUACACAACCACACCGCAGCAGCAGUACCCAACCACUCCGCAGCAGCAGUACGCACAACCGCAACAACCGCAGCAACCGCAGCAGCAGUACGCACAACCUCAGUACAACCAGAACAACACCUCUCAACCCCAGGACAACCAGCAGGGGUUCUACUCGCCUCCCCCCGCUCAGGACCCCUACAGUAACUAUAACAACCCCGCCCCCACCCCACCUCAACAACAGUACACUGCUGGGGAGGGGGGCUUCUACAACAGCGGGGCUAGCUUCUACGAUCCCAACACUAACAUGGGGUCUAUGGGCGCUGUGCCAAGUCAGACCACUUCAGACACAUUCGACGAGGAGCCCCCUCUUAUGGAGGAACUGGGUAUAGACCUGCAGCAGAUCUACCAGACCACCAUGACCGUGUUGAACCCCAGCAAACCUGCUGCCACCACCCUCAUGGACGACCCUGACCUCUCCGGGCCUGUUCUGUUCUGUUUAGGGUUCGGCAGUCUACUUCUCCUCUCGGGGAAGAUCCACUUCGGAGCUAUAUACGGAGUGGCACUGAUAGGAGCUGCCUCAAUGUACACUCUCCUUAACCUCAUGAGUGUGAACGGAGUGUCAGCUAGCAUCACUGUGUCAGUGCUGGGGUACUGCAUGCUGCCGAUGUGCGCACUUGCUGCUAUCUCUGCACUCCUCAGUCUCAAGGGACUGUUCGGUGUUAUACUCUCAAUUCUUACCGUUUCCUGGGCCGCGUUUGCGUCUUCUAAGCUGUUUGUGUCCGUGCUGGCUAUGUACGACCAGCAGCCUCUAGUGGCGUACCCGUGCGCCCUUAUGUACGGGAUCUUUGCUGUGUUGACUGUAUUCUGAGUAACUGAGCAUUUAAAUAAUGGGGUUCCUUUAUGUAUCUUAAUUGUAAUAGAAUCUGACACUUUUAAUUUGGGGUUCUGUGAAAAUGUUGUAAUUGACGACCUUUUUAAUUACCCUGCUAUUUUUGAUAAUUUUUGAAUUUCAGCUAAAAAGAAACUGUCUUGAUUGUCGAUUAACAGUCAGUUGCUUUGUAAAUAAUUUGUCAGUCCAAGAUAUUAUGAAUGUAAAUUAUUAAAGACUUUCUAUCGUACAAAUUGUGUUAGCCUUUGUUAGUGCAUCCGCCAGAAAUUAAAGUAUAAAAUGUAUUUCAGCUUAAUUUUACUAACUACUGCUCAAAUUAA